UGUGCUUUCUUCUUCAUUGAUACAUGACAAGUCAUCCACCAGCAAGCUCCUAUAGAAAUAAGACUAUGACAAUUGGGAUGAUAUUUGUAUUCUCUUUGGAUCAGAUAGAGCCUUAGGAGAUGGUGCAGAACAAUAUGAUGAAGCGGCUCAGGCUAUGGAUGAGGAGAUGACGAGUGAAGGAAUGAGCACGUCAACAUGCUCUGUGUCGAAGAAGGUGAAGAAAGAUCGUCUGGCAGAUGCAGUUACAAGUUUUGCAAACUCAUUCAACGAAUAUGUUCAAAGCAAGAUCAAUAUGACUUCAAAGGCGGGCGGGAAAGAAAUCCAUGACGUUGUUUCAAAAGUGGAUGACAUACUUCGUCAUCAAGUGUUGAAAGCUGUUAAGAAGUUUAUGAAUAUGCUAGAUGAGUUUCAAAUGCUCAAGGACUUGCCUGAAGACGAGAAGCUAGAUUGGAUUUUGUUAUGCUUACGGGUGUUCGGUAUGCAUGCUCGUUGCCCACGACCAACUAUAGGAUCCGGUGUGGGUGCUGCCUCGUUGGCAGUGGUUGGUGCCUCGUCGGGUAGAUGGUCCGUCAGUGCAGUACUGGUGCUGCCGCUAGUGCGGGCAGCGCUGGACGACGUCAUGUCGCCCGCUGCUACGGGUGCGGUGUCUUCGGUUGCUGGAAGGGGCUCCGACGCUGGGUUGUCGGUGGCGGCGUCAAAGACCGUAGGUGCUGCAGCACCAGGUCGUCUUGGGGGCCGUGUGAUCAAAUCCUCCUCCAUUGGUAAUGGGCCGUCCGACACUGGAAUUGGUUGAUCGGUCUCUUUAUCUGAAAGGAGUCUGAAUGAUUAAGACCUCUUAUCUGAAUUGAUCAGACAUUUGCCUCUGAAUAGUUAAGCAAUAUACUAGCUCUUAAUGGUUCAGACCUCUUACUGGUUCAGCACUUAAUGGUUCAGACCUCUUACUGGUUCAGCACUUAAUGGUUCAGACUGUUUGUUUCAGCCUCUUAAUCGUUCAGAUGUCUGAAUGGUUAAGAGAUUUGCCUCUGAAUGGUUAAGUAUUAUACAGAGUCUGAAUGAUUAAGACCUCUUAUCUGAAUUGAUCAGACAUUUGCCUCUGAAUAGUUAAGCAAUAUACUAGCUCUUAAUGGUUCAGACCUCUUACUGGUUCAGCACUUAAUGGUUCAGACCUCUUACUGGUUCAGCACUUACCAAUUCAGAAGUUGCCAAACAGCCCCUAAGACUCAUCCAUGAAGGUUACUGGUUUUAAAUUUG